CUCACAAGCCGGGCAACUAAUCAACACUGCCAGUUUUCCCGAAUCCGCGUUCCGCUCACCUGGCCCGACGGUAAGGGUGGCUGGAGGCUUGCCGGGCCUGGCCUGGGGUUUUUAGGCCCUGGAGAUGUUCUCGAAACAUUCUGGUCCUCCUUCCCCGAGAUGACAAUCCGGAGAUUACAACUGGGUUGGCCUUGUCAUCCGGGCCCGUUGUUUGUUUGUUUAUCUGUCUGUCUGUCUGUCUGCCUGUCUGUCGCACAAGAUGUAAAUUGUGCAUCACUCGUAGUAAAUCACAGGUCUGGCACAUCUUGUGUCAAAAGCAACAGAGUACUUUGGGUCUUGUCAUCAUUGGAACUAAUCCGUGUCCAACCGAGGGCACGUCUUCAUGUUAUACACGCACACAACCUGCAGAACCAAGUUGAGGCAACCUGGCCAACCUUUUCCACCUCUGCCGGGCGUUAUCGUCCUGAAAUUCGAUUGCACCAGUAGAAGGCUCGCUGACCUUUCCUUCUUUCCUCUCACCGAGAUAUCCGCACGCUUGAAUAAAACAAAAAGAAACCAGAAAUCCUCGUCAAUGGGAUGCAUCCCACAAAGACUG